AUGGCUGCCUUCCCGCCCCCUCCGGUCAACACCAUUGACUGGUCCAACGUCGGAUUCAAGAUCCGCGAAGUCAACGGCCACAUCGAGUCUACCUACUCCGUCACGACCGGCCAAUGGACCCCCCUCAAGUUCGUCGCCGAUCCCUUUAUGCGCAUCCACGGCAUGGCACCCGCCCUCAACUACGGCCAACAAGCCUACGAAGGCCUCAAGGCCUUCCGCGCCCCGGGUGACAAGCAAAUCAACAUCUUCCGCGCCGACAAGAACGCAAAACGCCUCCAGCACUCCGCCGACGUCGCCUCCAUGCCCCGCGUCCCCGAAGAUCUCUUCAUCGCCGCCGUCAAAGCCGCCGUCUCCCUCAACGCAGGCUACGUCCCGCCCCACGAGACCGGCGCCGCCAUGUACAUCCGCCCCCAGCUCUACGGCUCCUCCGCCCAGCUGGGCCUCAGCCCGCCCGAGGAAUACGUCUUCGCUGUCUUUGUGAUCCCCACGGGCGUCUACCACGGCAGCCACCCUGUUAAGGCGCUGAUUCUCGACGACUUUGACCGCGCGGCACCGAAUGGUACCGGACACGCCAAGGUUGGCGGAAACUACGCGCCUGUGCUGCGCUUCAGCGACCGCGCGAGGAGCGAGGGAUACGGGAUCACGCUGCAUCUCGACAGCGUCAAGCACGAGGAGAUUGACGAGUUCAGCACGAGUGGUUUCAUUGGUGCCAAGAAGGAGGGCGACAAGAUUACCCUAGUCGUACCGGAUUCCAAGUGCGUUAUUGACAGUGUGACGAGCGCCAGUAUUCAGGAUAUCGGCCGUAGCUUCGGCUGGGCGGUUGAGAAGCGUGUGAUCAAGUACAGCGAACUCCCCACCUUCACCGAGGUCAUGGCAGCCGGCACGGCAGCGGCCCUGGUGCCAAUCCGCUCCAUCACGCGGCGUGUCGAUGCUUCCUCCCCUCAGUCUCUUGCCGCCGCCGGCUCGAAGGAGCGCGUUAGCAGCGCCAAGGCGGGCGAGGAGACGGUGACGUUCAUCCCCGAGACCCAAGAGGAGGCUGGCGAUAUCUGCCUGAAGCUGCUGUCGACGCUGCAGGCUAUUCAGCUCGGCAAGCUCAAGGACGAGUUUGGCUGGAACUUUGUCGUCAGCGAGGCGGACGGCACGGCGGUUGUGGGGGAGGCCAAGACGAAUGGGUCUGCGCAGACUGUUGAUCAGAUGGAUUAA